UCCCCGCGCGCCAUCUCCCGUUCCCCACAACUGGCCCGAAGAGUAACCCCCCAAACGCAGCCAGAAGCGGCUCCCAACUCUUCGGCGGGAGCAGGUUGGAGGCUAGAUUUCGGAGAGACUCUGGAUUGGGGUCCGUCGCCGGCCCCUCCUCCUGGAUCCGGCUUGAUUUUCAUGUUUUAAAAGAGGAUUUUCUCAUUACCUUUGAACACUCCUUUUAACAAAAUUUCUGGAGGAGCUCGGUGAGGAAGAUUUUGAGGGGGGAUCUUAUUUUAAGGGGGGAAAAAGCACCGAGGGGGCAUUUAUUAAUUUUCUUGGGUUUUGGAAUCGUUUGGACGAGAGAGCGAGAGAUCGAGAGAUCGAGAGCGAGGAGGGAAGAGUGGAAAGGACCCGCGAGGCGCGCCAGCCCGAGCCGCCUCCUUCCCGGCCGCCCCCUCCCCACUCCCCCCGACACACACUCGCUCGCUGGCUCGCCGGCGCGCGCACACCCCCCGCGCCGGACCCGCACCUCGGCGGGCGCCACACUCUCGGCAGCCCCGAGCCGCGGCAGCCGCAGCGGGAUGGAGGCAGCGCGCACCGAGCGCCCCGCAGGCUGGCCCGGGGCGCCUCUCGCCCGGACGGGGCUCCUGCUCCUGUCGACGUGGGUUCUGGCUGGCGCCGAGAUCACUUGGGGCGCGACGGGCGGUCCUGGGCGCCCUGUGGCCCCGGCUUCGCGGCCGCCGGCGCUGCCUCCUCUCUUCCCGCGGGCAGUGGUAAGCCAGUGGCCGGAGCAGCUGGCGACGGCGCGGAGAGGCGCUGCACUGGGGCGCCGGCCCGGACCAGAGCCGCUGCCCCAGCCAGGAGGCGGCAGCGGCAGCGUUGGAAAGAAGCAGGGAGAAGCCGGGGGACCGUCGCCGGCAGGCGCGCUGUGGGAACAAGGCACCCAGGCUCAGGGCAAGCCUGGCGGCGCGAGGAGGAGUCGCCGGGCGCAGCCCCCCAGUGCCCUGGAACGCGGGGACGCCCGGGCCACUGCCUUGGCCGAUGGUUCCAAAGGAAGCCGCCCUCUGGCCAAGGGCCUUCGGGAGGAGGUGAAGGCGCCGCGGGCCGGGGGCGCGGCGGCCGAAGAGCUCAGGCUGCCUAGCACCUCGUUCGCGCUGACCGGGGACUCGGCCCACAAUCAAGCCAUGGUCCACUGGUCGGGACACAACAGCAGCGUGAUCCUUAUCCUGACGAAGCUGUAUGACUUCAAUCUGGGGAGCGUGACUGAGAGUUCACUGUGGAGGUCAACGGAUUAUGGCACAACCUAUGAGAAGCUGAAUGACAAAGUGGGCUUGAAGACUGUCCUCAGUUACCUCUACGUCAAUCCCACCAACAAAAGGAAGAUCAUGCUUCUUAGUGAUCCUGAAAUGGAGAGCAGCAUAUUAAUCAGCUCAGAUGAGGGGGCCACCUAUCAGAAAUACCGGCUCACUUUCUACAUCCAGAGUCUGCUCUUCCAUCCCAAGCAGGAGGACUGGGUGCUGGCCUACAGUCUGGAUCAAAAGCUCUACAGCUCCAUGGACUUUGGAAGACGGUGGCAACUCAUGCAUGAACGCAUCACACCCAACAGGUUUUACUGGUCAGUGGCCGGAUUGGAUAAGGAAGCAGACCUGGUGCACAUGGAGGUGCGGACCGCCGACGGAUAUGCUCACUACCUCACCUGCAGGAUCCAGGAAUGUGCUGAGACCACUCGCAGUGGGCCUUUUGCCCGCUCCAUUGACAUCAGUUCCCUGGUUGUUCAGGAUGAAUAUAUCUUCAUUCAGGUGACAACUGGUGGAAGAGCCAGCUACUACGUGUCCUAUCGGAGAGAGGCCUUUGCCCAGAUAAAGCUGCCCAAGUACUCCCUGCCCAAGGACAUGCACAUUAUCAGUACCGUUGAGAACCAGGUGUUUGCAGCCGUCCAAGAAUGGAACCAGAACGACACGUACAAUCUCUACAUCUCAGACACGCGGGGUAUCUACUUCACCCUGGCCAUGGAGAACAUUAAGAGUAGCCGAGGCCUAAUGGGGAACAUUAUUAUUGAAUUGUAUGAGGUAGCAGGUAUCAAAGGGAUAUUCUUGGCAAACAAGAAGGUGGAUGACCAGGUGAAGACGUAUAUCACUUACAACAAGGGCAGAGACUGGCGCCUCCUUCAAGCCCCAGAUGUGGACCUGCGUGGAAGUCCGGUACACUGCCUGCUGCCCUUCUGCUCCUUACACCUGCACUUGCAGAUCUCUGAAAAUCCAUAUUCUUCUGGAAGAAUCUCUAGCAAGGAGACAGCCCCAGGACUCUUGGUGGCUACAGGCAACAUUGGCCCGGAGCUCUCAUACACUGAUAUUGGUGUGUUCAUCUCUUCUGAUGGGGGCAACACAUGGAGACAGAUCUUUGAUGAAGAGUACAAUGUCUGGUUCCUAGACUGGGGUGGCGCCCUCGUGGCCAUGAAACACACACCUCUGCCAGUCAGACAUUUGUGGGUGAGUUUUGACGAGGGCCACUCCUGGGACAAGUAUGGCUUCACUUCGGUUCCUCUCUUUGUUGACGGGGCUCUGGUGGAGGCGGGAGUGGAGACCCAAAUCAUGACAGUUUUUGGCCACUUCAGCCUCCGUUCUGAAUGGCAGUUGGUGAAAGUGGACUACAAAUCUAUCUUCAGCCGGCGCUGCACCAAGGAGGACUAUCAGACCUGGCACCUGCUCAACCAGGGGGAGCCCUGUGUCAUGGGAGAAAGAAAAAUAUUCAAGAAACGCAAGCCAGGAGCUCAGUGUGCCCUGGGCCGAGACUCCUCCGGGACAGUGCUCUCAGAACCCUGUGUCUGUGCCGACUGGGACUUUGAAUGCGACUAUGGCUAUGAGAGACAUGGAGAGAGCCAGUGCGUCCCAGCUUUCUGGUACAACCCAGCAUCGCCGUCAAAGGACUGCAGCCUUGGUCAAAGCUACCUUAACAGCACUGGCUGGAAUAAAUGUGAUUAUGUUGGAUGGUGUGCCAAUUCAUGGAAGCCAUAUCCCUUUGUUUGGCAUGAAUUUAGGGAUAAGGAGAACUUCUUUUAUCUUUUUGGGUGUCCCGUGGAGCAUGUUCAUCUCCGAGUGCCAUUUGUCGCCAUAAGAAAUAAGGAGGUCAACAUCAGUGCAGUUGUGUGGCCCAGUCAGCUGGGGACCCUUACCUAUUUCUGGUGGUUCGGCAAUAGCACGAAGCCCCUCAUCACCUUGGACAGCAGCAUCUCGUUCACAUUCUUGGCCGAGGGCACCAACACUAUCACUGUCCAGGUGGCUGCUGGGAAUGCCCUUAUCCAGGACACAAAAGACAUUGCUGUGCAUGAAUAUUUCCAGUCUCAACUCUUGUCAUUCUCUCCAAACCUGGAUUACCACAACCCUGACAUUCCUGAGUGGAGGCAAGAUAUUGGCAAUGUCAUCAAGAGAGCUCUGGUUAAAGUAACUGGUGUCCCAGAAGACCAGAUCCUAGUGGCCGUGUUCCCUGGCCUCCCCACUUCAGCAGAGCUCUUCAUCCUUCCCCCCAAGAACUUGACGGAGAGGAGGAAAGGCAACGAAGAGGACCUGGAACAAAUUGUAGAGAUGCUGUUUAAUGCUCUAAACCAAAACUUGGUGCAGUUUGAGCUGAAGCCAGGGGUUCAAGUCAUUGUGUAUGUCACACAGCUGACAUUAGCUCCAUUGGUGGACUCCAGUGCUGGGCACAGCAGCUCAGCCAUGCUUAUGCUCUUGUCAGUCGUGUUUGUCGGUCUGGCUGUGUUUCUGAUCUACAAGUUCAAAAGGAAAAUCCCCUGGAUUAACAUCUAUGCUCAAGUCCAACACGACAAGGAGCAGGAGAUGAUUGGGUCAGUGAGCCAAAGUGAAAACGCCCCCAAAAUCACACUCAGUGACUUCACCGAGCCCGAGGAACUGCUGGACAAAGAGCUGGACACCCGGGUCAUAGGCGGCAUUGCCACCAUUGCAAACAGCGAAAGCACAAAGGAGAUCCCCAACUGCACUAGCGUUUAAUACCAACCAGCCACGUGCUUAACCAUCUUUCUGACUUUAUUUUUGAUGAUUACUAUGACUAUUAUUAAGGAAAAAUGAAAAUGUCUUUUUUACCUUUUGUUUACCAAGGGCCCCUUCAUAAAUAGCAGGCAGAUGCUUAGCUUUGGGAGGCAAAAGGCAUUCUUAGCUGAUUCAAAUGAGACAAAAAGAAUAAAUGGCUGUAUUUGUGCUAAGGGCAAAGGACACAUCUUCCCAUGGCCUUCUUGCUUUAUUCUGCCACUGACUGUGUGAGAACUGUCUUUUUCCUAGUGGUCUCUUUUCUUCUUUUUUUAAAUUAUUUUUUAUUUUUUUAAGUUGGGUUGGCUUCUCAUUAACCUCUCCUGUGCCCCUCCCCCCCAACAUCAUCCACACUCUCCCCCCGACACACACACCUGAAACACACACCAUUUCCCAGUUAGAUCUGCGGGAGGUGGGUUGGUGGGGAGUGAAAGUAGCUGCAGAAAGCCUGCACACCUUAAUGAAUGAGGCCCUGCCUCGUGCAUGUCAAUAGCAAGGCUACAGACAGCUUACUGUAUAUAAUUACAAUGUAAAUAGCUUUUUAUUUCCGAAGAAAUAAUUUAAUGUUUAGUAAAAAAGAAAACAGAAAAAAGAAAGACGCGUGUGUUGGCUUAUGCACUCACCCUCAGAGCUGACCAACCCCCAGGCCUGCAAGAUGUGUUGGGUUCUGGAUGCUUUCCGGUUGUCUGUCACACUUAACUCUUGCAUCGCUGUGCCCAUGCCAUAGCUGCUUUCUACUUGUGUAUAUAAAGGGGGGCGGGGGGAGGGCUUCUCUGGGACAAGUCGUCAAGGAAGGACUAGAGGGACAUCCUAGAAUAUGGGGGGCUUUCUGUGCCAUCAGUGACCUGGGAGAAGUGGCAAGAUGAAGCCCACUGGAGACUUCGAAGUGAGACACAGGUGGGGAAACAAGGCUUCACCCCUCAAAAAGGAAAGCAUGCAGGGUAUUUGUCAGCCUGAGAAGAUGGGUUUUCUCUAAAGAAGCUUGGCCACAGAUCUGAAAGGGACAGUGAUUCUGCUUUCUGGUUGGAUUCCAUGGAAAUGGGUAAUCCUUCUGGAGAAUUCUUGGGCUAUUUUGAGCUCAGAAAAGUCCCCUGGGCACCAGGUGAGGCCUGGUGAGUUCAUCUUGGCACAGGAGGAGUCACAGCGGUUGGGAAGAAUGUGGCAUUAGUGGCAUCACGAGUCUUUAUAAGCCCUUGCAGGCCAAAUAGGGGGCUAGCCUUUCAUGAUAUUAGUCAAAGAUGAUUUUAGCAAAGCUGUGCUAUUUGCUUGUCAGGUGUACACAACUUCCUUAAAGUCAAAUGUCUGCCUUCAGUUCCCUUAAGAUAGUUCUUGCCUCUGGGGCAAGUGGCAUUCAAAGCCCACAUUCUCGUCCCCAGCGCCCCAGCCCCUCCACCCAUUCGCACACACCACUUCUGUUCCGUAGGUCACUCUAAGCCAUGCUGUAGCAUUGUUUUCUCUUCAGGCUCAGCCUGAGAACACUUGUUGUACACAAUGGUAUCCUGUAUAUAUAUGGGAGGAAAGGCCGGAUUUUUGUACCUGUGAAUCUUUGUGAGAUAUCGUUCGCCUUCUUCUCUGUGAGACCCUGAGAGAAUGCGAUCCAGAACAGUCUGACUGGCUACAGCAUAGAUGGGGAUAAGGAGUGCUUCUCAAGAUCCUGCUUUUUUGUUUCAAGGGUUAAAUGGGGCAGACAGUUGCAAUACUUGUACUAAAUA